UUCCAAGCACGAUUUUUACACUUCCUUUUAUAAACCCUAAUCAAACAAACCUCCCGCAUUUCACUUUCUGUAUCUGACCAUUUCUAAUUCUCUCUCUCUCUCUCUCUCUCUCUCUCUCUCUCUCACACCCACACACACUCACUCACUCACUCACUCACUCACUCUGUCACUCACUUACCCUUUCCCUCUCUUCUGCGAUGCGUCCGUCGCAGCCCCGCCGCCUUCCACCCAAGGCCGCCUCUCUCGACCCCAAAAUCUGGCGUGCAUGCGCCGGAGCAUCCGUUCACAUCCCCGCCGUGCAUUCUAGGGUUUACUACUUUCCGCAGGGCCAUCUUGAACAAGCCUUCCCCCCUUCCCUCCACAACAACCACCACCACCAUCACCUGAACCCUCUCAUUCGCACACUCCCGUUCGUCCUUUGCCGCGUCUCUUCCGUACAAUUCCUCGCCGAUCCCCUCUCCGACGAGGUAUUCGCUAAGCUCCUGCUAAGUCCCAUACCCGCCGACGAUCGUUCCUCCUCCACCAGCGAGGAUCGACCGGCGGAGGAACCGGAUUCCAUUGGCGGGAACAGGGUCUCCUCGUUUGCAAAGAUUCUGACCCCGUCCGACGCAAAUAACGGUGGCGGCUUCUCCGUGCCGAGAUUCUGCGCGGACUCCAUUUUCCCCGCACUCGACUUCAACGCCGACCCGCCGGUACAGGUUCUCUCCGUCACCGAUGUUCACGGCGCCACCUGGGACUUUCGUCACAUUUACCGUGGAACCCCCCGGCGGCACCUCCUGACAACCGGUUGGAGCAAGUUCGUGAACCACAAGAAGCUCGUCGCCGGUGACUCCGUCGUGUUCAUGAAAAACUCCCAGGGCUCCUUGUUCGUCGGCAUUAGGCGUACCUUGCGAUUCUCUGCCGUGCUGAAGGAGGAUCGAGACCCGUGGCUGGAGGAAGAGGAGGAAGAGGAUAACAGCAGUGAUCCUCCGGUGUUUACGAGGGACGGGAGGGGGAAGGUGACGUUGAAGGCGGUUGCAGAGGCUGCGGAAUUGGCGGCGAGGACCAUGCCGUUCGAGGUAGUAUAUUAUCCAAGGGCUGGGUGGUCGGAUUUCGUGGUGAAGGCUGAGGCUGUUGAGGCAGCAAUGAAGGCGGGUUGGUGUCCUGGAAUGAGAGUGAAAAUGGCUGUGGAGACUGAGGAUGCUUCUAGAAUGACCUGGUUUCAGGGGACGGUGUCUUCGGCCUCGGUUCCUGAUAAUGGGCCUUGGAGGGGUUCUCCUUGGCGUAUGCUUCAGGUUACAUGGGACGAACCUGAGGUCUUGCAGAAUGCAAAGCGAAUCAGUCCGUGGCAGGUGGAACUUAUUUCCACCACACCUACACUGCAUACAGUGUUCCCCCCCACAAAAAAGUUUAGAGCUGGGGCAUUAAGUGAUUUAGAAGGAGACCCUUACUUCCCUAUAGCAGGGUUCACUAACUCAACAAUGGAACACCUGAGUCAAACAUUGUUGGGUUAUAAUACUUUUCCUGCUGGCAUGCAGGGAGCCAGGCAUGAUCUAUUUUCUCCAUCAAGUUUUUCCAACUUUUUAAAUGAUAACUCUCAUCUGCAUAUGGGUAGCAGUUUCUUUGGGAAGACUACAGAGCCUAUGUUAAGUACUGUGUCAACAGAGCUAAACAUUGGCAACUGCCAAUCUGGCGAUCUAUCACCAGAUAGUCCAAGUAGUUUGCGUUCAUUUGGCCCAGAGUUUACUGGGACCAACAAUAGCAACGUCCCGAAAAUUGGUUCUGGUUCAUUUCUGCUGUUUGGUAAGAUCAUAAAACCUGUUGAGGUUGAGUUGCAUGAUGCUGGUUGCAUUGCAGAUGAUGGCUGUAAGAGCAGCACUGAAACUGAAUGCAUUGACAAGCCAGUGGGUCAUUCUUUGACUUACUCAACAUUGCUCAGGCUUGAUGUAGAAAGCCAACAACCCUCACAAGUUGAGGCAUGUUAUCUGUGAAGUUGUGAUGGAGAUAUGUAGCUGUACAGGUAAUUAAAGUGUACGCAGGCAGAAGGAGAGAGAGAGAGGCUGUGAAUCUGUGAUUACUCUGUUGACCUUUUAGUGGUAAACUUGUAAUGUAUAUGUUUGCCGUUGAUGCUUUGUUUGUUUUCUUCCAACUUGAAAGAUUGAAACAAACUAGCUGAUACUCGGUUUGUUUGUGACGUGAUAUUUGACGAACUGUGAAAUGCUUCCACUGGUUUUCUGUCGUACA